UGAAACCAAAAAUUUGGCCACGCACAAUUUUAAAUCUAUAUGGUACAUCAAAUCUACGUGAUUACAAACCAUGAUCACAACAAUAAUUUUAUUNUUGAUUGUUUCCAUAAUCCUAUAUGAUUUGUACGUACAUCAGAAAAGAAGUGGGCGACUUAUUGAUAAUAUACCAGGUUUACCACAUGUUCCAAUUUUCGGUUCGGCAUUUUUAGCUCGAAAUUCACAAGAAGAUAUGUGGCAUCUUCUUCGGUUUUACUCCAACAUUAAAUAUCCUAUUUUUAAAUUUUGGAUGGGUCCUAAAUUUGUUGUAGUCAUUCGUCAUACAGACGACCUGCAGAAAGUCUUAAGCAGUACAAAACAUAUCAAAAAAAGUAUACUAUACGAUUUUUUACGUCCGUGGCUCAACGACGGUAUUCUUAUGAGCAUAG